AUGUCAGAGAAUUUUACCAAGACUGUCGUGGAUACGGUGACACCCGCCUUCACAGAUCCGUUCCAGGUGAUACUCACCACUCCCACCCCAGAACACAUUGAUAGAAGCUCCCCAGAAGCACGAAACAGGGUUCCAAUUACUUGCCACAUAUCGCAGCAUGGUGCAGAGGACAGUUUAGGCUGUUUGAUAUACAGUAUACCUGAUGCAAGGAGAAAGCAGAUAUACCAGACCAUACUCAACAAUUCAGAGGAAGAACUUCUUGAUGCUACGAAAAGACUGUCCCGAUUGAUAACAUCCAAGUACAACGUAUCGUCGUACGUGAGCAUAUCUGGCAACGUUGCCAUAGACGAUAGCAUCGUCUACAUCAAGCGAGUGAUAGAGCUGAUAGAAGCGCAAAUGCAGUGA